GCUGCUGGAGGGCUGUUCCUGAGCGGUGCCCUCGGCCCACAGAACACACUGGCCCAGGCAGUGACAGGAACCAAGGCCUGAGGGCCCCCAUCCCCAGCUGCUGCCUACCCUCAUCCGGCUGUCCCCCAGAAAGUCAUCAUGAUGCCUUUUGGUCAGAAGAGUGUCCCUGGCAAGCUUGAGGGAGACAGUCAGGCCCAAGAAGAGGCUGCUGGGUUUCCCACGCUUGGAGAAGGGGAGGCCCCUGCUGCAGCUUCCUCCUCUUGCUCCGCUCUGGUAGCAGCAGCCCACGAGGAGGAGCUUGCUGCUGGGUCCAGGAGUCCUCCCGGGAGUCCCCGCAGAGCCUCCUCCCCCGCUGCCAGCUCACCUGCACUCACCCAGUCGGAGGAGAGCUCCAGCAGCCAAGACGAGGCUGGCCCAAGCUCCUGGCAGUGCCUGCAAGACCCAGAGUCCUUGUUCCAAGGGGCACUGGAGGAGAAGAUGGCUGACUUGGUAGCGCUGCUGUUCCUCAAGUAUCGCAGGCAGGAGCCGAUCUCCGUGGAAGAAAUGCUGAGUUGUGUCACCGUAUAUUACGAAGACCACUUCCCCGAGAUCUUCUGCAAAGCCUUUGAUUGCAUCCAUCUGAUCUUUGGCAUUGAGAUGAAGCAAGCAGACACCACUGACAAUGCGUAUGUGCUGGUCCCUGCGCUGGGCCUCACCUGCCAUGAUGUGCGGGGGGGUGACCAGAGCGUGCCCAAGACCGGCCUUCUGAUCACCGUCCUGGGCUUGGUGAUCAUUGGGGGUGGGCAUGUCCCUGAGCUGCACCUCUGGGAAGCUCUGAGCAUGAUGGGGUUGCUUAUUGGGAGAAACAACUGCAUUUUUGGGGAGCCCAGGAACCUCCUCACCAAAGACUGGGUUCAGGAUGGGUACCUGGAAUACCGGCAGGUGCCCCACAGUGAGCCUGCUCGCUACGAGUUCCUGUGGGGUCCAAGGGCUCACGCUGAAACCAGCGAGAUGAGAGUCCUGCAGUAUUUGGCCAGGUUCAAUAGGAAUGACCCCAGAUUCUGCCCAAGCGUAAAUGAAGGGGGUGUGAGAGAUGAGGAAGUGGGCGCUGAGGCAGCAGAUGCAGGCAGGGCCACUUGGAGUGAGGGGGCAGGGUAG